UAAUUGGACAAUGGUAACAGGACAAUGGAAAUAACUAUAAAAGACCAUCUAUCCACACAGAUAGGUCUUGUACUAAAAUAAGUUGCAGUGCAUUGCAAUGGUUGAGCUGCCGGGACCCGUUAUAGAGAAGCUACAGAUCCUUCGGAAAGUGGAAUCAGAGCACCCAUUAAUGGCUCAUGCUCCAGCGGACAAGUACUACACAGCACUGGUCACGGGAGACCUGAGAAACCUUAAGGUCCUGACUGAUAAAUAUUAUGAAGACGUCAAUCUGAUUUUUGAGAUCAGUAAAAAUGAGCUGGAAUGGCAAGUGAAAAGCCUGGCCUCUUUUGGAUUGUCAGGCCUGUGGUCCCUGGAAUACAAGAGGGAACUGACCACCCCACUGUGCAUCACUGCCAGAAAUGGACACACUGCCUGUGUGCGUCACCUGCUCUUCUGGCGGGCAGACCCCAACAUGGCUCCAGGAGGCCAGAGUGCUCUGCAUGAGGCCUGCGAGGGAGGCCACACGGACUGCACGGAGCUGCUGCUGGAGCACAGAGCCAACCCCAAUCUCCUGAGCGAGGAAGGCUUGGCACCACUGCAUCUGUGCACCAACCAGAACACGCUGGGAUGUGCGAAACUUCUGGUGAAGUAUGGUGCGAUGGUUGAUCUACCAAGUGAAGAGACACAGGAGACACCCCUUCACAUAGCAGCUAAACAUGGCCUCUAUGAUCAUGCUCUCCUGUACUUGAGGUACGGCGCUAGUGCGGAUAGGAAGAACAGUCGGGAAGAAACGGCACUCAGUGUGACUUGCGGACAGGCAAAAGAACAAGCGGAGCAAGGAAGCUACUUGCAGAUGUGCAGAUUGCUAGUAAAGUACGGAGCAGAUGUCAACACCACAGAUGAAGAGGAGAAGAGUCCACUCCACAAAGCCUGCAAGAAUGCCAGUCACAGCUUGGUCCAGUUUUUGCUGCAGAAUAAAGCGGAUGUGAAUGCCAUUGACUACAACGGAGUCUCCCCCCUGUCCUGUAUCCUACAGACUGCAGCCUUCAAGCAGCAACUGAGGCCACAUCUCACAGUGCAGACAUUGCUGAACCAUGGCUCCCAAAAAAUCUGGCCUAUGGCCUUCGGGAAGGUGCUGAGGUCUUGUGCAUCUGUGCCAGAGAUCAUUGAAAUCCUCUUCAAUUCCUACUCUCAAGUCCCCGUCUCCGAGCAGUGGCGGGAGGCUAUUCCAGAGGAGAUAUUUCAGAUGCAUCUGCCCUUUUACGAAUCCUUUUUCAUGCUGUCAUGCACACCUCGGGGUCUGCAACAUUUGUGCCGUUGUGCCAUUCGGAAAAAAUUUGGCAUCAAAUGCCACUACCUUAUCCCCUUAUUACCUGUGCCCAAACCCCUACAAAACUACCUGCUGCUGGAACCUGAAGGAAUACUGGUUUGAAGUGCUGUCCUUUUA